UCUCGUGAAGGGCUUUUAUUCCCUCCGAAACGGUGAGUAAAUGCUAGCGGCAAAUGGCUAAAACAAUAAGGAGAAGAGAACCACGAAAUAGAAAUCAAAAUUAAAGCAUCUGGUGUCGGUGAAUCUCACAAGAGGACUUAUACCAAUUAUAGAAAGCAACCUCUCUUUUUUUUCCAAAUACAUUAUCCACCAACUCAAUUCUCUUUUCUUUUCAUUUACUCGUUAUAUAUAGCAAAUUCUUGAAUAUUUGUGGACAUUUCUUGAAAAGUAACAAUGGAUGCUUUAUGGAAUUUGGAAGACAAAUGGAAACUGUCAACUCAAGAAUCUGUUGCAUUUUUAGUUUGCACUUGUUCUUUAGUCAUUGGAGUUUGCAUAGUUACUGCUUUUAUCAAAAGAAGGGCAGCAAAUAGGAGAAAAGGGUUAGUAAGUCAAGAACCAUGCAUGGAUAUAGAAUGGUCCGAGCCAAAGUUACUGAGUUUGAGUAGUACUACUGUGAAAAAGGUGUUGAAGAGCUCGGUACGGUGGAGCAGCGCGAGCAAGUGGGAGGAGAAAAGAAGCAGGAGUCAUACGGAGAGAAUUUCUCCGUUGCUUGUUGCUGAAGAUCAACUUGAAGGCGAUUCUUACAGAUGGCAAAGCCAUAAUUCGGAUUCGCCUGUGUGGCAAAGGCCUGUACUUAUGGGUGAAAAGUGUCAGACGAAGAGUGUUACUCCGUUAUCUGUUGUUGGAGGUCAACUUGAAGGUGAUUCUUGCCGGUGGCAUAGCGACAGUUCGAAUUCGUCUGUGUGGCAAAGGUCUAUACUUAUGGGCGAAAAGUUGGAGAGAGUUUCCCCGUUGCACGUUUUUGUAGGUCAACUUGAAGGCGAUUCUGACCGAUAUCAGAGCCACAAUUCCAUUUCACAUGUGUGGCAAGGGCCUAUACUUAUGGGUGACAAGUGUCAGACGGAGAAAGUUUCUUCAUUACCUGUUGCUGGAGGUCAACUUGAAGGCGAUUCUUUUCGUUGGCAGAGCCACAAUUCGAACUCGCAUGUGUGGCAAAGGCCUAUACUAAUGGGAGAAAAGUGUGAGCUUCCAAGAUUCAGUGGGCUCAUCCUCUAUGAUGAAAGAGGAAGGCCAGUGCAUCAUGUUGACAAUGAUCAAUUCAGCGGUUAUCAGGAAAAAGCAGACGCUGUUGGGAGAACUACCCUUAGGGACUUGUUUUGACGUUUCUUAGAUAUGUUACCAAUUUUUGUAUAUGAAAUAGAUUUCAGUUACCUAAUAAGCAAAUCUGGAUUAUCCGAAAUUGAUCAAAUUUGCCCUCCGUUAACUUUUGGUCUAAUAUUAUUGUAUGGGUCAAAAUCGGCUUUCAUUAAGAUUUGACACGAAACGGUAUCGUAGAAAGCGACAUGGUCGAGGUCGAUUAGUAGAUAACGGGGCUCGUAGCCGAGUAGUCAAUAAAGGUCGAGGUCGAGAGCUAAUGACGUGUCUGUACUUUUAGGGUUGAUUGGGAAAUGUCUCAUAUAAGAUAGACAAAGAGAUAGGGGAGAGGGAUGUGUAAUAUUCUCUGAUAAGAAUAUUCUUGAAAAAACAGAC